GGGGUUCGGCUGUUGCAAAAAUAAUUGGUAAUAAUGUCAAGAAGCUUCAGAAGUUUGCCUCCACCGUCAAGAUGUGGGUCUUUGAAGAAACGGUUAAUGGGAGAAAACUGACAGACAUCAUAAAUAACGAUCACGAAAAUGUAAAGUAUCUUCCUGGACACAAGCUGCCAGAAAACGUGGUGGCCGUCUCCAGUCUCAGCGAGGCGGUACAGGACGCAGAUCUGCUGGUGUUUGUUAUUCCUCACCAGUUCAUCCACAGGAUCUGCGACGAGCUCACCGGGCGAGUGCCCAAGGAGGCGCUGGGCAUCACACUCAUCAAGGGCAUAGACGAGGGCCCUGAGGGGCUGAAGCUCAUUUCUGACAUCAUCCGAGAGAAGAUGGGCAUUGACAUCAGUGUGCUGAUGGGCGCCAACAUUGCCAACGAGGUGGCUGCGGAGAAGUUCUGUGAGACCACCAUCGGCAGCAAAGUCAUGGAGAAUGGCCUUCUCUUCAAGGAACUGCUACAGACCCCCAAUUUCCGGAUUACGGUGGUCGAUGACGCAGACACCGUCGAGCUCUGCGGUGCUCUUAAGAACAUCGUGGCUGUGGGUGCAGGGUUCUGUGACGGCCUCCGCUGCGGGGAUAACACCAAAGCCGCGGUCAUCCGCCUGGGGCUCAUGGAGAUGAUCGCCUUUGCCAGGAUCUUCUGCAAGGGCCAGGUGUCCACGGCCACCUUCCUGGAGAGCUGCGGGGUGGCCGACCUGAUCACCACCUGCUACGGAGGGCGGAACCGCAGGGUGGCUGAGGCCUUCGCCAGGACCGGGAAGACCAUUGAAGACCUGGAGCAGGAAAUGCUGAACGGGCAGAAACUCCAAGGCCCUCAGACUUCAGCCGAAGUGUACCGCAUCCUCAAGCAGAAGGGCCUGGUGGACAAGUUCCCGCUGUUCACGGCGGUGUAUCAGAUUUGCUAUGAGGGCAGACCCGUGCAGGAGAUGCUGUCCUGCCUGCAGCGCCAUCCAGAGCACAUAUAGAGUGGCCCUUGCAGCGUGCCGGGGACCUUCUGCCUUGCUCGUGGGUCCUUUGGGUACACGUGGAAGCCGGGACGUGGCCACAUGUGUGCAUGACGGUGAUCUCAUCAUGAAUGUGUAUGGAUUUUUACAGCUUCGUUUCUGGAUCGUGAGAGGCAGUUCAUUGGCUAAGAGGUACUGGGCAACACUGCAACACACAUUGUGUGUGUUUAUUUCUCAUUCUGUGGACGUUUCUAUGAACCCAAGUUAAAUGUCCUUUUGAAAAACGGCUUUUCAAAUUCCCCCGCUGUGGUAGUUUAUAUGAUUGGAACCACCUCAGCUAAAUUUUUUGGGUGGAAUUCAUAUGUAUUUGAGUGGAGGAGGGUUUUUUUUUUAUUCUUUUAAUGUUAAAAUUUAACCAGCAUUAACAUGGUAGUUAGUGUGGAGGGGGGUGCGUUCAAAGAUCAAUGUAUUUAAAUUUUAAACACUAUCUCAAAGCCAGCGUAAUUAACUACUUCGAUGGUGGGUUGAUCUUUUUUUAACAAUCAGAUAUUUUUAAUUCGAUAAUCCACUUAUAUACUUUCCUCUCGCUGCAGCUCUCUGCAUUUUUAGCCUCUUUUUCUCUUGGCUAGCCGUUGGAAUGUGCUUUUGUAAAGACUCAGCGGUGGCAGAAGACAGGACAUUCAUCUGGGGUUUUCCUGCUGUGACUGGCCCAGUCUUCUGAUUCACAACAGACACCUGUAGGACGAUCAGGGUUAGUUAGUGCUUUUUCACAGCCAUCUCUCCUCAGCCUCACAGAUCCACUGAGGAGGGGCUGCUGAUAUCCCUCGUGUUAGACGCAGGUGGCAGUGGUGGGUACGGGGACAGGGCCAAGGCCAAGUGCAGCGCCAACAUGCAGGGUCUUCUGAGAAGCCACUGGACUGAUUUGACCUUCAGCUAACUGGUGCAGCAAACACCAUGUGCAGCCUUUCCUGAGGGCACGGGAGGACUUCCUGGUGCUGAGGUGUGUGUAGGCUGCUGGCUCAUGAUGGGCCUCUUAGACAUGCAGGUUCCCGGGUCCCACCCCAGACCUCUGAAGUAGUGUGACAUCUGGGCCUCAGCUUGUCUUCACUACAAUGUGAGAACCACUACUUUAGAAAACAUCCUUUAGCUUGGCAUCCCUCAAGCUGUGUUCCCUAGGAAACAACGUCCUGGGAUUCAGGGUUCCAGGUGUUCCUGGAAAGGUCAUGUGAGUUUGGGGAAAGCUGUGUCUGCACACCUCUAGAAGGUUUUGGACAUGUGUCCACAUGCCAGCAGAACGUGCUUCCUUCACCCCACAAGUCGCAGACACGUGAGACCGUGGAGAUGUUUUGGCAAGGAAACUUGCUGGAGUUUUCGGGGAACACAGUUCUAUGCUUAGGUGAUCUCAGGACCCUUCCCUCUCUGCAAGAAAUUAGGAGGGAUAAGUACCUGUGGUAUCGUUGGUUCUGAACUUCUGCUGUUCAGGUCUGCCAUGAGUCUUUGAUGAAGCUUUAAGGUGACACUGUCACAGAACCAAGUAGAUAUCAGCCGCGCUGAAACGCACAUUAUGUGGAACAAGUGCUUUUAACUUUUAAUUCUAGGAACAGAGUGAGAAUCACUGUACCUUCUAAAUGAGCUUGGUUUCAGGGUGGCAUUGCACGGCCACCUUACAUGGCACUUGAUAAGUGUUCAAGGAAUGUGUGAAUGUAAUUUAUAUGUUUAUAAUAUAAAUUUGCUUUAUGAGAUUUGGGCCUAUCCCCCAGCCCUGGCUUAGGGUUUGUUUCCUUCUCUCCCUGAAACAGUUGUAGAAUAGAUUUUUGUGGGAAUUUUUAAAACUCGAUCCAAAACAUCUUUGGAGCAUUUUACAGCCCCAUACUCGGAAGCAUCUGUGAGCACACAAAUAUGGCCAUGCCUCAGCAGUUUGAGUGCCACCAUUCAGUUAUUCAGUUCCCCUCAUCUCCCGAUAAAUCUUUUUUAAAGUUUGUACAUAAGUAACAAAGAGUUACUUUUAAGGAUACAUCAAGGGCUGUAAGAUAAUGGUGAAGUUGCACCGUGAGAUGAGAGGAAGCAGGAUUUUGUAUAGUCUCAUCGGCCUCCAGCCUCCCGCCCUGGGUUCCACACUCGAGACAUUUAUUCACAAAUGCCCUCAUCCCUGCCACUCUCAAGUCUGCCGACUGUACCUCUUAAGCGUACUUAAAUUCUGCACAUUAUGGAAAAAGGUAAAUUUUAUAAGUUUCUGCUCUGCCAACUGUAGAUAUUUAUUCCUCUGUGAGUUAUCUAUUUUUGUAACCACCUGUGGUCCACCAUGUAUUUUAAUUUAAUUUCUUACUAAUCAUGGUAACAAGGAGGGAGACACCUAGAUUAGAAGCUGAAUUUGUACUAUUUCUGCCAAUCUGCGAAUGUAAAAAAUGACACCAUUGCCUUGCUGUAAUCCACCCUACUCUAAUAUGGAACACAUGCCUGUCUUGAAAUCCACCCUGGGAGAUGGCGUCGACCUAAACUUCUGGUUUUUCUUCGAACUUUUAACUGUAACGUGGCCCCUGGCAUCGAUGUAAGGCGGGUGGCGUGGUAAGAUGCCAGUGUACAAAGGGAACCUUCGUGUGUCACUAGUUCCUGCCUGCUAGCCUUUUACUUCCAUGAGUACUGUAUUUGUUUACAGACUAUAGUGGAUAUAUCAUUUUAAAAGCUUGGUCUAAUAAACAUUUAAUCCCCAAA